GAUUCAUUUGCACCAAGAUCUUUUAGAAUUUUUCCAAUGAUUGCUAUUAAUUUUAACACAAUAAGUAAUUUUUAUUGGGAUGAAAAAGAUGAAGAAAAUUGUUUUUGUAUUUUAAUUACUUUAGAAGAUUAUGAAGGAG